CCUCACCCAUUCUGCUGUGCCACAUCCUCUGUGGAACAAGGCUGGUGUCAGGAAACCAGCCUUCUCCUAUGGCCUCCUACUCUGAGGAUCCAGGGCUCCUACCCUGCAGGUCCUGUGACAUGGUUUUCCGCUCCUGGGCCCUGUUGGCCAGCCACACUCAGCACUUCUGCAUUGGCCGCCUGACCCCGGAGAUGACUCUUGGAACAAAGCCAUCUUCUGAAUCAGCGGACAUUGUGGCUGUUUCACAAGAAUUCCAGGGCCACUCAGACCAGGAGGCCAGCAGACCUGCCCUAAAGAGGUUAAGAGAAGAGGUGCAGUGUUUGCGGCUGGCCCUACAAGAAAUGCAGCCAUGGGUGGUAGAGGGCCCUUCCUCCAAGGCUGCAGGGAGCCCUGGCAAACGGCUGCAGGAACUAUGUGCUACUCAUGCCAGGCGUAUGGCCCAGAAUGAAGCACGUGGCCGUGCCCUGGAGCAGCGUAGAGCAGAGCUGAACCUGCACCUCCAAGGUGUGGCCCGACCCUCAGGCGGGAUACCCCGCCUCUUAGGCCUGGAGCGUGAACUUCGUGGACUCCAGGCUGAGGCCAAUUGGACCCGGGGAGCUCUAGAGGUGUUGGGGACACGUGUUCAAGAGCUGAAGGCCCAGAUAGGGAUACAGUCAAGCUCCCAGCCAGACUCUGGGCUCUGUUGGCCUGUGCUGCAAGCCAGCGCAAGAAACCUGGUUGCUGAGAUUGGGGCCCUACAUGAGGCUUAUGUGCGAGGCGGGGGCCAAGACCCUGGUGUUCUGAGCAAGAUAUGGCAGUUACAAGCAGAGGCAUCAGCCCUGGAGCUACAGCGCACUCGGAACCGCAGGGAAAAGGCCAGUGCCACCUCAAGUCAGCUUCUGAUAUUGGAAACAGAAAACCAGCACCUGGAGGCAGCAAUCCUGGCACUGCAGAUGCAAAGGGGCUUGGGCCUAGAUCCUUGGGGAACUGCUGGUGCGCAACUCCUGCAGAAAGGGGCAGAUGCUCCAAUCCUCCCUCCACCAGUAGUGCCCCUAUUGCCACCACCACCAGGCUCCACAAACUUCCAGUCCUUUCGCAGUUUUUUGAAAAAGCCACAACUCACUGGAACCAUGACCAGAAACCUGGGCCUGGAUGCAUCUGUUCUCCCUGCAUCUGAUGUGCUGGGCCCUGCACCUUAUGACUCUGGGGCUGGCCUGGUCAUUUUCUAUGACUUCCUGCAAGGACUUGAGGCUUCUUGGAUUUGGGUGCAGCUAAUAACUGCCUUGACCCGAGAUGGACAGGAUACAGGAGGUGCCACAGCAAUGCCCCCAGCCCUCUGCUUACCCCCACCUUUGACUCCUGGCCCCACAGGCAACUGUGCCAUCCUUGCCAGCAGGCAGCCUGUACCCAGAUUGCCCCCAUCACCACUGGUGUCCUUGGUCUGUGAGCUACAGGCCUGGCAAGGGCUCCCAGGGGUUAGGACACCACAGCCAAAGGCUUGGGUCUCAUUGGCACUGUUUGAUCAAGAUCAGAGGGUACUAAGUGGCCACUGGCGCCUCCUACUUCGGCCCCUUCCUCAGGACUCCAGCCUCAGCCUUGGGCACAGUGGAAUUCCCCAGGCAGGCCAAGCUGAGCUCUUUCUGCGACUGGUAAAUGCAAGAGAUGCAGACGUCCAGAUGUUGGCAGAGAUCAAUCCAGCUUUUGCCCACCAGUACCAGUACCCACCACUGGUAUCCACCUCAUCUUCACUGAAGGCUACUACCCCUAAAGUUGGCUGUACUGAUUCACUGCCUCCUGCAGAAGAGCCCUUUCGUGGCAUGAAGGACAAAGAUGAGGGUUUGGGCCCUCACCACAGCUCUGACCCAGACCCACCAGGUUUCAGAGCCAAGGUGAAUGCGACACUUCCAAAUGUGCAGCUUUACUCCCUUCUGACCUGGGGACUAAGGCAAAUAAACAGCAAUGAGCUCCAACCUCAGCCUUACCACUCCCCUAAGUAUUAGCCUUUCUGUACUUGUUUUCCUUUGGUAAAAGAUUGAAAAUUAAAUGAAUCAUACAA